GUGUGUUUUCACAUUUCUCAUCGGAAUUUCAUUAGUUCCUCGGCAGUACUGGAAUUUGUAGAUGGAAGUUGUGUAUUAGAAAGCUGUGUUACGAUUUAGUCGUUUCCAUGGUGACCGAACGACACAUGUAUGGACAUCAGUUUGACCGGAGUUUUUCUCGAGGGUGAACAUUGAUAUAUAAUCCCCUUUUUUCAGAGUUUCCACGAGAAAAUUCAUUAAUGAAACAAUUGAAAUGAAAUUCAAAAUAUCUUUGAAAAAUAGCAACGGCCACAAUCGUUUAGUGUCGUGUGUAGCAUGGAAUUCUGCGGAAGAGAUUUACUCGUGUGGGGAAGAUCAUCGACUGCUUUGUUGGCAAUUAGAAGGCGGAGUAGCUCGAGCAAGUACAGUCGUAGAAUUUCCAGUAAAUUUCUAUCCGACGGAUAUGCAGUGGCAUCCACGACCUGGUCUCGUUAAUUCAGUCAAAAAACAAUCCCUCGAUAUUUUGCUUAUUACAACAGCCGAUGGUAAAUUCCACCUGGUUAAUAAAACUGGAAGAGUAGAAAAAAGCGUCGAAGCUCAUAAAGGAGCAACUUUGGUUGGAAAAUGGGCUUACGACGGUUCAGCUUUACUGACAGCUGGAGAGGAUGGUUCAGCAAAAAUAUGGUCCCGAAGUGGGAUGCUCCGUUCGACCGUCGUGCGAGGAACGUUAUCAAUUUUAACGGCUGCUUGGAGUCCUGAUUGCUCCAGCGUUUUAUAUUCUCAGGGCUCACAUUUGCUCAUCAAGUCAUUGAAUUCAAACUCGAAGCCUUCGAAGUGGUACGCUCACGAAGGUUUAGUGCUCGUUGUGUCCUGGAAUCAAAAUCAUGGCCUUAUCAUUUCCGGGGGCGAAGAUUGUCGUUACAAGAUAUGGGAUUCGACAGGAAAUCCAAUGUAUAAUAGCAGCCCAGGUGAUUAUCCGCUGACCUCGGCCAGCUGGUGUCCGUCGGGAAGUUAUUUUGCUGUUGGAUCAUUCAAUACGAUAAAAUUAUGUGAUAAAACUGGGUGGUCCCAUUCCUUGGAGAAGGUCACAACCGGAAGUAUUUACAGUAUGGCUUGGUCGAGUGACAGUACCCAAGUAGCGAUGGCAUGUGGCAGUGGUCUAGUAUUGACAGCUCACGUGAUCGAUCGGACACUCGAGUGGGACGAUUGGGAGGCAACAUUGAUCAGGCGAAAAACAAUCCAAGUACGAGAAAUCGGUAAUGAGGGUUACGAGACCCUUGAAAUAACUGACAGAGUAGUCUUGUUCGAAUUUGGUUUCGAUCAUUUGGUUGUCAUAACACCAAAUCAAUGUCACGUUUAUUCGGUGACUAAUUGGAAUACUCCUGCCAUAUUUGACCUGAAGAGUGGUUCGAUAUCCGCUGUUGUACUUUCGGAAAAGCACUUUCUUAUUGUCGAGAUGAACGCCUUAACGCUAUACAAUUAUCAAGGUCGUUUGCUGGGAGUUCCUAGGUGGAAAACCAUGACACAAGAACCCCUUAAUGCCGCUUGCAUUUCUCUGUGCUCAGAUACUUUGACAGUAAGAGAUCAGAGCAACGACAAAUUAAUUCACGUCCUUGAGGUAUCAACGAACAAGCCGAUAAACCAAGUUCAAUCUCACUCUCAUCUCACGAGCGUGACACGUUUGGCACUGAAUUAUAUUGGCGGAGUAAAUGAUCGUCAGUUGGCCAUAAUCGAUGCUAACAGAGAUUUGUUCCUCGUUUCCGUUCGAACUUCCGGUUUCGGAAGAGUUUGUAAAAUCGCUGCAAUGGCACAAAACGUGGCUUGGGCUACCGAUGCCAAUGUUUUGGCUGCCAUGCUCGAUUCUAAUUUGUCCGUUUGGCUCUGCCCUAAUUGCGUUCAUUACAGCGAUAGAAAAGUUAUACGCAAAACACGAAUCGAUAAAGAAAAUAGUGAAUUUGGCAAACAACCGAACAUCGUGAGUGUUCGGAAUGGAAUGGUCACUGUGCGUCGCGGAGACGGUGCCCUCGUUGUUAAUUCUUUCUAUACUUUUUUCACAACUUUACACAAACACGUAAUGAGUAACAAAUGGCAGGAUGCUCUUUCCCUCUGCCGCAUUGCCCAGAAUGAAAUACUUUGGACCUGUAUGGCGGUUUUAGCAACGGACGGUAAAGAAUUGGAUGCUGCCGAAGAAGCCUACGCUGCUAUUGAGAGAUAUGACAAAGUUGACUAUAUACAGUAUAUAAAGAAAAUUCCGAACAAAACUGAGAAAUUGGCAGAAAUGGCUUUGCUAGCUGGUGACUUAUUGGCAGGUGAAGGAAUACUGUUGCAGAAUGGUCUCGUUUCUGAAGCCAUACGGAUCAACAUGAAGGUGUACAAAUGGAACAGGGCUUUGGAGUUAGCUAUAAGGCAUAAAAAACUAGUUGACGAAGUUUUGGAGGAGAGAAAAAAUUAUUUAGUGAUAUUGGAGAAAGAGGAAAGCAAUCAGAGCUUCCUCACUAUGAUCGCAAGCCGAGCUAAACCUCUCCCAAAUAUUAUCAAGGAAACGAAAAUGACGGAACACGAGGAGAAAUCGGAAAUGGAAAUUGAUAAAAUUAUCGUCUCAUCGACCCCGGAGCUUCCGGCAACGCCAAACUCCGUGUCCUAGUACAAAGAUGAUGUACCGAACGAAAAAUAAUUUACGAUAACAAAAAAUAUACAUGCCGAUGGGUAUUUUUGCAAAUAUAC